AUAUCAAUGAAUUCCACCUCCUGCCAGUUACUGGGACAAUUUCAUCUAAAUGGGAUGCACAAGGCUGGAGAUGUGGUUCUGGGUGGGCUGUUUCAGGUCCACUUCUUUUCUGUCUUUUCUGACUUGUCUUUUACCUCCAAACCACAACAGCCAACCUGCCACAGUUUUGAUGUUCUAGGAUUCAGGCGGGCCCAGACCAUGGCCUUUGCUAUUGAUGAGAUCAACAGAAACUCCAACCUGCUGCCUAAUGUGACUCUGGGUUAUAGUCUUUAUGACAACUGCGGUAAACUAGGAAUUGGAUUCCGUGCAGCGUUGUCAUUAGCCAGCGGUCGAGAGGAGCAGUUUAUGUUGGACAAGACCUGUGUAGGAAACCCUCCAGUCCUAGGCAUUGUGGGUGAUUCUUCCUCUACACGUUCUAUUGCCAUCUCCUCUGUCUUAGGUUUGUACAGAGUACCUAUGGUGAGUCAUUUUGCCACAUGUUCGUGCCUGAGUGACCGGCAGAAGUUUCCAUCCUUUUUUAGGACGAUACCAAGUGAUGCUUUCCAGGUGCGUGCUAUGAUUCAGAUUCUCAGGCACUUUGGCUGGACUUGGGCAGGUCUGCUGAUCAGUGAUGAUGAUUAUGGACUCCAUGCUGCCCGAUCCUUCCAAUCUGACCUGGCUCAGUCUGGUGGAGGCUGUCUGGCCUACUUAGAGGUUUUGCCCUGGGGCAAUGAUCCAUCUGAACUCAGAAGGAUUGUGGAUGUUAUGAGGAACUCUACAGCUCAUGUGGUCAUUGUGUUUGCACAUCAAAGUCACAUGAUCAACCUCAUGAAAGAGGUGGUGAGGCAGAACAUGACAGGCCUGCAGUGGAUGGCCAGUGAAGCCUGGACUGCAGCUACUGUCCUUCAGACUCCUCAACUCAUGCCAUACCUGGGUGGCACUCUGGGCAUUGCUAUCCGUCGAGGACACAUACCAGGGUUCAGGGACUUUCUGCUGCAAAUACUUCCUGACCUACAACACAACAACAGCUAUGAAAAUUACCUGGUAAAUCAGUUUUGGGAACACACAUUUCAGUGUAAAUUUGCACCACCUCAAGCAGGUUGGGUGGAGGCUGGGGGAUCUCUAUGCACUGGACAGGAAGAUCUGGAGAAUGUGGACACUGAAUUAUUUGACAUUUCCAACCUCAGGCCAGAGUAUAACGUGUACAAGGCUGUGUAUGCCCUGGCAUAUGCUCUUGAUGACAUGCUGCAGUGUGAGCCAGGGAGAGGACCUUUCAGUGGGCACAGCUGUGGCAGUUUGCAAAGACUGGAGCCAUGGCAGGUGGGAUAUCAUUUUACACCCCCAUCAUCACCACCACCACCACCCUACCAUUCAUCUUCUCUUAAAUUAUGUUUCCUUUGCUCUCUGCUCUUUAUUGGAUGUCCCAGGCUGUGGACAUGCCAACUGAGACAUGCAGCAUUUGGGAUCAGCUUUGUGUUUUGUAUAUCAUGCAUCCUGGUGAAAACCAUGGUGGUUCUGGCUGUGUUCAAGGCCUCCAAGCCAGGAGGUGAAGCCCAUCUGAAGUGGUUUGGUCUUUUGCAGCAGAGAGGAACAGUUCUGGUUCUUACUUCUAUUCAGGCAGCAAUCUGCACUGCUUGGCUUGUCUCUUCCUCACCAGCUCCUCAUAAAAACACUCAAUACCACAAUGACAAGAUAGUUUAUGAGUGUGUAGUUGGGUCCACAGUUGGUUUUGGAGUGUUACUGGGCUAUAUUGGCUUACUGGCCAUCCUCAGUUUUCUGUUAGCAUUCUUGGCAAGGAAUCUUCCAGAUACUUUCAAUGAGGCCAAACUCAUCACUUUCAGCAUGCUGAUCUUCUGUGCAGUGUGGGUGGCCUUUGUCCCUGCUUAUGUCAGUUCACCAGGCAAGUAUGCAGAUGCAGUUGAGGUAUUUGCCAUCCUAGCUUCAGGUUUUGGCCUCUUGGUGUCACUGUUUGGACCCAAAUGUUACAUUAUCCUGUUGAGGCCCGAGAGGAACACAAAGAAAGCAAUCAUAUGA